UUGUAAUAUUAUACAGCUGUGUAUCGCUACUUGCAUAGUAGUGUUAAGGGUGUUAAAUUGGCGCCCGCGGGCACUCUAGUGACACUCCCCUCACGAAAAGUUACCCUCUCCAUAUUAACUUUUACCUGUGUGUUUUGGGCACUAUAUAUAACUGCUCACAUACACAGCUCAGAUAGCUCCUUGGAAAAUGUAGUGGAACGUUGUUUUUCGAGUUACUAGCCUGAGGGGAGUAAGUUAUACAUCUCUGAUGUAUUUAAGUAAUAAGUACUGUGUGCUUAACAAUAAUAUAAAAAAGUAUAAUUAAUUUAUGUAAUUACACGAUGUGUGUCGUAAGUAACAGUUUAUAGGUUAUACGUAUUUUGUAAAUACCGCGCGAAGAAACAUAAUAUAAGAAGUACGAUUCAGACAGUUAGAAAAUAAAAUGAAUGAUAAUAAAGAAAAUUCACAAGACACUGUUCCAGAACUUGUAAAAAAUGCCGUAUUAGUACAUAGUUCUGAUCUUCUUCUAGGAACACCUGUAGUGAGAGGAUAUGACUGGAAUAAAGGAAUCGAUUAUAAUGCUUUACUUCAAACAUAUAAAAAUUCUGGAUUUCAAGCAACAAAUUUUGCAUUAGCAGUAGAUGAAAUUCAACGAAUGUUAAAUGCCAGAAAUAUCCCUCUUAAACAUGAACAGAUUGAUAAUUUAGAGGAUGAUGAUUUUAUACGGAGGAAAUCUUCAUGUACCAUAUUUUUAGGGUAUACAUCUAAUAUGGCUUCUUGCGGAGUUCGAGACACUAUAAGGUUUCUUGUACAGCAUAAAAUGGUUGACUGUAUUGUUACUACAGCAGGUGGCGUUGAGGAAGAUUUGAUAAAAUGUUUGGCACCUACAUAUAUAGGGGAUUUUAAUUUAGAAGGAAAACGCCUUAGAGAACGUGGCAUUAAUAGAAUAGGGAACUUGUUAGUACCUAAUGACAAUUAUUGCAUGUUCGAGGAUUGGGUUAUGCCUAAAUUAGAUGCAAUGUUGGCUGAACAAAAAGAAAAAGGAACUCUGUGGACACCAUCCAAAGUAAUAGCUAAAUUGGGUGAAGAAAUUAAUGAUGAAUAUUCAAUUUAUUAUUGGGCUGCAAAAAAUAAAAUUCCAGUUUUUAGUCCAGCUCUAACAGAUGGAAGUCUUGGUGAUAUGAUGUAUUUUCAUUCCUUCAGAAAUCCAGGUUUAGUCAUAGACAUAGUAUCAGAUUUAAAACGUCUAAACACAAUGGCUGUGAAAGCAGUCAACAGUGGAAUGAUUAUUAUAGGUGGUGGUGUUAUAAAACACCAUAUUUGUAAUGCAAAUUUAAUGAGAAAUGGCGCUGACUACGCUGUUUUUAUAAAUACAUCAUCGGAAUUUGAUGGAAGCGACAGUGGUGCUCGCCCGGAUGAAGCUGUUUCAUGGGGAAAAAUUCGAAUGGACGCGAAACCAGUAAAAAUUUAUGGAGAAGCAACAUUAAUCUUUCCAUUACUUGUAGGAGAAACAUUCGCUCGACGAUAUCAUUCCACAAAACAGAAAACUGUGUCAGAUGUUUAACAAAAGAAUAAAUAAAUAUAUGUCAU